CCCCGGCACCUGCAGGCAGGGGUCUGAACACCUGACCCCAGGCUCCCCUCCUGCCCUCCUUCCUGAGCCCAGGACAUGCCUGGAAUGUGUUGGGGCUGAGUCGCCCAGGCCAUGGCCACCACCCACCUGAGAAGGAAGGGUGGGUGGCCGCUGUGCUGGAGGAGCUGGAGCCUCUGGGGAUCUUGGGAACCCCAUUUUUGAGUCCCGCCCAGGGCCCCGCCCCUCCCCAUAAGGGAAAAGGCAGCUGCCAGUCGCUCAGCUCACAGGCGCUGGGACCUGGUCUAGAGGAGAAGACGAUAGACUGCCACUGCCACUGCCACUUCAGGCCGGGCCAUGGACCCUCACGAGAUGGUCGUCAAGAACCCGUAUGUCCACGUCAGCAUUCCCCGGGCUCGCCUGCGGCCUGACCUGGAGCAGCAGCUGGAGUUGGCUCCCUCCUCCUCAGAGCUGCAGCCUCUGCCUGUGGGCUCCUGCACCCUGGAGCCCACCCGCCUCCUGCAACCCAUGGAGGAGGCCCCGGGGCCCAAGGGGGCCAAGGGCGCCAAGGGGGCCAAGGGGGCCGCCCCUGUUCAGGGCCAGCAGGCCUGGCAGCAGCCUGGCAACCCCUACUGCAGUGGGCAGCGCCCAGCAGGACUGACCUACACUGGCCUGCCACCCAUCGGGCGUGGUGAUGACAUCGCCCACCACUGCUGCUGCUGCCCCUGCUGCUCCUGCUGCCAUUGCCCGCGCUUCUGCCGCUGCCACAGCUGCUGCUGCGUUGUCUCCUAGCUGGGCCCCGACUGGGCUGUGGGCCUGCCCAGGAGCCCCCUGCAUAGCAGGCCCCAGGACUCUGCUCAGGCAGCCACGGCAGUGCUGGACAUUUGGGGUGGCCACUGGGCCAUUGCCAUGGGUGUCAGCCACCUCCCACCCUAGACAGGAACACCUGUGUGCCAUGAACGCCAGCAGCUCAGCUCAGGCCCCUCGAAAAGGAGCCCUGGGCACUGGCCAUGGUGGCAGCCCGGGAACACCUGGGACCACUUCCCUCAAGGCCCAGAGCCUGGGUAAUAAAGCAGAGUGAGCUUUCUUCGGGUGACUCCUUUCGGGAGGGGACCCGGGCUGGAUGCCACCACAGGAUGCUGGCCUC